CCAAUCAAGUGAAGAUGAAGGCUGUGAUUUUAAUGAGUUUAGUUCUGUUUGCGACCGUUUGCUGUGAUUCACCCAAGAAUGAAUCUAUUCAUUCAGCUGCAAGUAACUCACCAACAGCGCCACCGAAUGACUGGAAUACUUCGAAGGAGCCCGCCAAAUUUAACCCGUUUUUGCUUACACCUGGAAAAAAUUCCGUAGCUUCAAAAACGCAACCCGCUGCUAAACGACAUCAUGCACAUCAUCGAAAUAGCGCAGACAACAACCAUCGAUCCCAUUUCCGAGCAGGUCACAGAAAUCAUUUGAUGUUUCGAACCAACACAGCCAAAGAACAGAGUGCAACUUUAGCGAAAAGUACAGACAACGGACAGCCUUCGUCGGCACAAAACAGUGCAGCCACAGGAUUACAACGCAGACUGCUAAUGCGUGCGAUGCCUGCGGUGGAUCCUUUGGAACUGAAAAUUGUUACCGAUGAAAUGGAGGAGAUAUACGCAAUUUUGGAGGAUUUGGAGCAGGCUUUUGCGAGGUUGCGUAUGCUGACGUCUAGUUUGUUACCAGCGGGAGCGGAAACGUCGUCGACAGUGGCUGAGUCUAAGAACGAUGACGACUCCUAUGAGGAGGAUGAUGAAAAAUCUUAUGAUUAGGCAUUAGGAUGUUUCACACAGGAUGCGUGCUCAUAUAGGGACUUAUUUUCUACAAGUCAACUUUUUUUUAACAUGGACGUGAAAAUUAUGGUUUCUCAAACAUUCUAUUCAAAAGGUAUUUGCUGUAAAGUAAAAACUAACUAAGAGCGAGAUGCGCGGAGUGUUGUAAAA